CAGUGAUAAUAAUUCAUGCUCUCUCUCUCUCUCUCUCUCUCUCUCUCUCUACCCCUCCCAUUAGUUUCAAAUCCGAUCCGAGGCUAUGCGUGCGCGCCCGCGCGCGCGCCUGGUGCCUGUGUGUCGGAGAUUGUCACACUGUCCAGCGAACAGUGCUGCGGCCGCGCGGAGCGUCGCGAGCAAACGCCACCACAGAGCCGAGCGCGAGACCCGGCGCGGGGAAGCUCAACGCCAAGAGCAGAGGACAAGGCGGUGCAGGGGGUACAGAGUGAAGAGCCGCGUCCUCUCGGUCCGUGUGCGUCCAUGGCGGCCAAGCUGAACCCGAACACACUGUACGUGCGCGAGCCGGAGCGCGCCGACGCGGGAGACGAGUCAUCAGACAGCGACGGGGAGCCGGAGGAGAGCUCACACAAACUCAUCCGCAAAGUGUCCACCUCAGGCCAGAUCCGCGCCAAGAAGAGUGUGAAGGAGGGCAUCCUGUUGAAGCAGACCAGCUCUUUUCAGAGAUGGAAGAGGAGGUACUUCAAACUAAGAGGCAGGACUCUCUACUAUGCCAAGGACUCAAAGUCCCUUAUAUUUGAUGAGGUCGACCUUUCUGAUGCCAGCGUGGCAGAAACAAGCACCAAGAACAUAAACAACAGCUUUACAGUGAUCACUCCUUUCCGUAAGCUGAUGCUAUGUGCAGAGAGCAGGAAGGAGAUGGAGGAUUGGAUCAGUGCUCUGAAGUCUGUACAGAAAUGGGAGACAUAUGAGGCCAGUCAGUUUAAUAUGGAACACUUCUCCGGGAUGCAUAAUUGGUAUGCGUGCUCUCAUGCUCGCCCUACAUUCUGUAACGUCUGUCGGGAGGCACUGCCAGGAGUCACCUCUCACGGCCUGUCCUGUGAAGUGUGUAAGUUUAAAGCUCAUAAACGCUGUGCUGUCCGAUCCACUAACACCUGUAAGUGGACCACGCUGGCUUCUAUAGGAAAUGACAUCAUCGAGGAUGAAGAUGGGGUGUCCAUGCCUCACCAGUGGCUGGAGGGGAACCUGCCGGUCAGUGCUAAGUGUGUGGUGUGUGAUCGGACAUGCGGCAGUGUGCGCAGGCUGCAGGACUGGCGCUGUCUCUGGUGCAAAGCCAUCGUACACAGUAGCUGUAAGGAGCAGUUGGGGAAGGUGUGUCCUCUGGGUCAGUGUAAAGUGUCCAUCAUUCCUCCCACAGCUCUCAACAGCAUUGAUUCAGAUGGGUUCUGGAAAGCCACAAGUCCAUCCUGCUCCAGUCCUCUGCUGGUGUUGGUGAACAGUAAGAGUGGCGAUAACCAGGGUGUGAAGUUCCUGCGCAAGUUCAAACAGCUGCUCAACCCUGCACAGGUCUUUGACCUCAUGAAUGGAGGACCACAGCUGGGACUACGCCUAUUCCAGAAGUUUGUGACAUUUCGUAUCCUGGUGUGUGGAGGUGAUGGCAGUGUCGGUUGGGUUCUGUCUGAACUGGAUAAACUAGGACUGCACAAGCAGUGCCAGUUGGGCGUGCUUCCCUUGGGCACAGGAAAUGACCUGGCACGGGUGCUGGGUUGGGGGGGGUUGUGUGAUGAUGAUGCACAGCUGCUGCAGAUCCUGGAGAAACUGGAGAGAGCUACCACCAAGAUGUUGGACAGAUGGAGUGUAAUGACUUAUGAAGUUCCCACCAAAACUGCACCUGUUAUUGUUAAAGAUGACGAUCCACCGGAUUCUCCACUCCAGAUUACUCAUUAUGCUGACUCUGUCGCCUCUCAUCUGACAAAAAUCUUGGACUCGGACAAACACAGUGAUGUCAUAUCCUCUGCUAAGUUUUUGUGUGGGACGGUCAAUGAGUUUGUAGCUGAGGUUGGAAAAGCCUAUGAGAAAGCCACUGAAAACAAGGAGGAGGCUGAUGCUAUGGCUAAAAAGUGUGCCAUGCUGAAUGAAAAGCUGGACUCUCUGGUGCGGGCACUGAGCGAGGAGGCUGAUGCUCAGCUAGUGCCUGCAGGCUCCCAGUCUCCUGAACAGGAGAGCGAGUCGAGCACCCCGAAUGCCCCCAGUGUCCCCAGACCCUUCAGAUCCAAAGAGCAGCUGAUGCUGAGAGCCAACAGCCUGAAGAAAGCACUGCGGCAGAUCAUAGAGCAGGCAGAGAAAGUGGUGGAUGAGCAGAACAGACACACUCAGGUGCAGAGGAUGUCUUCGUCCUCUUCAAUAAAAAGAGGCAGCAGCGAGGACCUCAAGGAGGCAGAGCCACGUCAAAGUGCCCUGAGUUCCACCACCCCCAUAGUGCUGGAGAAAGCAGACAGCUGCAACAGCACCACAGCUUUUACUGAGGAGCAAUGCACAGAGAAGUGUGUGAUGAAUAACUACUUUGGAAUUGGCCUGGACGCCAAAAUCUCUCUGGAGUUCAACAACAAGAGGGAUGAGCAUCCUAAGAAGUGCAGCAGUCGCACGAAAAACAUGAUGUGGUACGGCGUCCUGGGGACCAAAGAGCUUGUUCAGAAAACCUACAAGAACCUGGAACAAAGAGUGCAGCUGGAGUGUGAUGGUGUGCCCAUGUCUUUGCCCAGCCUGCAGGGUCUGGCUGUGCUCAACAUCCCUAGUUAUGCAGGGGGCAUAAACUUUUGGGGAGGCACCAAGGAGGAUAACAAUUUCGGUGCACCAUCAUUUGAUGAUAAGAAGCUGGAGGUUGUGGCCGUGUUCGGCAGCAUGCAGAUGGCCAUGUCUCGCGUCAUUAACCUACAACAUCAUCGCAUCACGCAGUGUCGGCAGGUAAAAAUCACUAUUAAAGGAGAUGAGGGCGUUCCAGUGCAGGUGGACGGAGAGGCCUGGAUCCAACCACCUGGCAUUGUCCAGAUCAUCCACAAGAAUCGUGCACAGAUGCUUACCAGAGAUCGGGCUUUUGAGAGCACGCUGAAGUCGUGGGAGGAUAAGAGGAAGUAUGACAGCUGCCGCUCUGCUCGGCCACGUCUCAAUUCGCAGCAGUCCAUGGAAUACCUGACCGAGGAGGAGUGUGCACAGGUGCAGCAACUCGGCCUGGUGGCUGACUCACUCAUUAACAGGAUACGGGAUGUGGCUAAGACCCAUAAGGUGGUGGAACAGGAGUUGGCUCACGCAGUAAAUGCCUGUGCUGCUGUCCUCACUGAGGCCUUUCCCUCUAAACCCUCCAGCCCAGAGCAGUGUCUGAGUCGCAGCACCGCUGUGGAGAUUGUCAACAGCAGUAAAGUGCUGCAGCAGGAGACUAAAAUGCUGUUAGAAGGGAAACUGCUGCAGUUGGAGGCUCCUCAGGAGGAAGAGCUGCUUUCCACGCUCAACUCUCUCAGUGCUGAGUUAAUCAAACUGGAGGACAUCCACUGGAUCUGUCCCAGCAUGCAUUGCUCCGAGGAGGACUCAUCCCGCACGAGUGCUAAGAGCAGCAGCAUGAAGCUGAAGAUCAUACCCAAAGUAAAGAAGGAGAGAGAGAAGCUGCAUAAGCAGCGCUCCAACAGCUCUCUCUCAGCGGAGAGAUGGGGUGCGGAGGAGGUGGGCACGUGGCUGGAUUCGUUGGGGUUAGGGGAGUACAGGGAGAGGUUUGUGGCCCGGGACAUCCAGGGCUGGCAGCUGGCUCAGCUCCAGAGACAAGACCUGAAGGAUCUUGGGAUAUCAAAGGUGGGUCAUGUGAAACGGAUCCUGCAGGCAAUUGAAGAGCUGGAGGGUCUGCUGUAGUGGACACACCGCGCCACAGGAAGCUGCCUUUCACCGAGGAAUGGGUGUUCGGAGCUAACUAUCACACACUUCAUGUGUGUGAGCGGCUGUGAGAGGCAUGGCAUCGCACUGCACUGCAUCGACGUUCCAGUUACGUUCUCUGUCUGUCCUCUGCCUGCUGGUGCCCUUGGUGAUCAAUAGACACUGGGAGUACAGGACAGUACCCAGAAUCCUUUUCUGCAUUCUUUAUUUGUUUCUAUGACCCGUAUGAUUUCCUAUGCUCUUCUUCUCACGGAUGAGACAGACCUUCCUUCCUUCUUUUAAUGAUUUCCUUCCUUUUUUUCCUCUUUUUUUGGUCUGCUUUUAAAGCCAAGCGAUGCAAACUGGUAUUUCCAGAAAACUCUCCUUUUGAGUCAUCUGAACAACAUUAAAUGAACAAAUUUUAAAAUGCAAAAAAAAAAAAAGCAUCUGAAAUGUAUUGUGGAUUUGUAUUAGCAGUCAAAAUGCAAUGUAAGAACUGCAUUCUGUCUGAUUCAGUCUCUAUGUAUUUAAAGACAGUUGGUGUUUCUGCAUGCCUUUUGCGUCCACGAUCCUCGAGCAGAAAAACAAAAGCUGUUAGAUUUCUUUUUUUUAAUUGAAUAGUCAGCCAAAUAGUGCUAUUGUGCCGCUCGUGUGCCAGGUGAGCUGUUGUUCUGCAAGCUAUAGUGAUGUAAAUUUGUGCCAAGUUCCUCAACAAAUCGCAGUGGUUACAGUGAGCUAUUUUUUUUUCUUUUUUUCCUCCUUUUGAAAAAAUCAUGUGGGGAAAAAAACAUGAACGUCGUACAUUUCAGAAAGUGUUUUAUCUCAUUGCCUUGCACUUUAGUGAGGAAAACGGUCUUUAAAAAGCAAACUUGAAAGUGAUGUGUUGUAAAAAUAUCCUCAGCUGUUUUUCAUAUGAUGAAAAGUGUAUCCCUAUUUAUUGCAAACCUAUUAAGAGAUGUGUGAUAAAUAAUAUAUUGUCAAACUAUGAUUGUUAAACCCAUGUGUCUGUUGUCAGAGUUAGCUUUCGUAAUCGUGCAUAAGAAUGACACAUAUCUACAUUACAUAAUCUGUGUAAUGGAAAUCAAUUCCCACAAUUAUUAAUAAUUAAGGCUUGAACUCUGACCUACAAGCUUCACCUAAUGAAGCAGGAGAGAGGCCUCGAUGACUGCAGAAUAAGUGAGCCAGUUUAAGAGUUACACAUAACUGAGAGGAAAAGGGAUGCAUAGUAAAGGAAUUAUACUCUCUCCUUGAUCAGUGUGAGCCAAAGUGGAACAGUAUUUCAGUGCAGUGUUUUCAAAAGCUGGACUGUAAGAUUUGCACGUGUAUGCACAUGUUCUCCAGGAAAUGAUUCUCUCUGUCUGUUAUACGGUCGUGAUCAAAGUCCAGUGUCCCUUUUUUGUCUCCUCAAAGUGUCAAACUACUGACUGAGUGUUAUCAGGGAUGAGGGAGAAGCCUGUGGGUGUGGAAGCCACACAAAACCUUUGAUUUCAGUUUUACUUUGAAAAGAAAAAGGGGCUAAAAAAGACUACUCAGCUUUUUUGGUUAUUCAUAAUACAGCAUUGAUGAGACUACUGCUUACUGUUUAUUGUUUACUCUUGAAGUAUGUAAUUUAACUUUUGGAAUUAUUUAAUAUGUUUUUUUUAUGCCAUAUGAGUUGCAGUUUACCUUCCAUGGCUCUGAGUUUGUCUGUUGGCUGCUAUCGCCUCUGAUCCAGGAUUGUUGCUGUUUAUUUGAAGCAAAAAUAAAGUUUGCCCAUCGCUGUU